CGAAAGGAAAACAACGCAUUGAGGCAGCGGCAGUGGGAAAACGCUCCUCAGGGAUGGAGAAAGGAGGAGGUACGAAAGGGACAAAGUGGAAAGCAUGAGGCAGCAGAUGGGGCGGGGACAGGGGACACCCUGAGCGUGAUGCUUGGGGGGUCAGGGCUGUCCCUAGGGAUGCUCCCCAUGGUUCACUGCCGGGGCGUUAUCCCGGCAGUGCUGCCCAACCUAUUUUCCAGGCGAGGAAAUAUUUAACCACGGCGUCAGCGGGCAGGGCAGGCAGGGGCAGGAAUGGAGGGUGACAGGCAGCACCCAGCCCCUGCUGCUCCCCCGACAGAGCACCUACAACUCCUGCUGCGCCGCAGCCGGGAGGCCAAGAGCUGCGCUUACUGCCCCUACAGCCGGUUCCCGGUGGGCGCCGCGCUGCUCACAGCCAGUGGGGAGAUCUUCUCCGGGUGCAACGUGGAGAACGCCUGCUACAGCCUCGGGGUGUGCGCUGAGCGCACUGCCAUCCAGAAAGCCAUCUCCGAGGGGCACACCAGCUUCAGGGCCAUGGCCAUUGCCAGUGACAUGGGGGACACCUUCGUCGUACCUUGUGGUGCCUGCAGACAAGUGAUGAGAGAGUUUGGCACAGAUUGGGAUGUCUACCUGACCAAAGCAGACGGCAGCUACAUUGUCAAGAGGCUGGAGGAGCUGCUGCCGCUCUCCUUCGGCCCUGAGGACCUGAAGAAGGUGUGAGCAGUGUGGCUGCAGCAGCCGUGGCUCUUUGGCAGCAGGGGAAGAUGGUUUUUCCCCAGUUGCCUGGUGUGUAAGCAGCUUUUUGGGGACAAUGCGGUGGGAAAUGCAUUUACAGUGUUAAAUUAACCAUUCCUCUCAUCAUCUUCUGAUUCAGCGCUGAACAAGUGAAAUCAAGCUGUAGAAAUGCCCUGUUAUUAGGAAAGAAAAGUGUCCAGGUACUGCUGCAGGCGAGGGGGUAGUUCACAGAGAGAGAAGAGUUUGAUGCACAGCUCAGGCUUGGGCUUGUUGGUACAGAAACCACUCCUAAAUUGUGCAAAGUCAUUGUAGCAGAAAAAUGCUGAAUGUUUCAGCUCCAAAGGAGAAGGGAAAGCAAAAAGGAAAGGCUCCAUCAACCCUGGCAGUUAUUAAUAAGCCAGUUCAGAUUAGGUGACAUGCUGGAACUGGUUAUCACACAGAGUGUGUCCUUUGCUCACUUCUCUCCAGCUUGUUUUCUUUGCCUUUAUUCAGUUGUGGGAAUGAAGAGGGAAAGGAGGUUUUGAGGGCUUUGGGAGGGUUUUCCAUCUCCAGACUAAUGCUGUUUUCUGAUUGUACUAUUAAUUGAAUCAUGCACAGUGACAAACGAAUGUGUUACAGCUCCCAGCCAGCACACUGUCCAUGCCUAAGUGAAAUAAAAGCAGUCCUGGUUUA